CGUAAGCUACAAGGAGCUUCAAAUGGCAAGUGACGAGUCCUACACACCUGAUGCAGACCUCAGUUAUGAGGUGCCCGCUGUCCUAAGUGACUCUGAUGAGAGCUGGCAAGGUGAGCGGAGGCGCAGACAAAGGAAAAGAAGAGUGAAAGGGAGAGGGACAAGAGAAGAGCGUGCAGGUCUUGGUCCAGGAGACACAGAGCAGAGAGGAGAGAAUCUAGGAGAUGGACCAGGUGGCAGAGGCCAGGGAGCUGGAAGAGAGAGUGCAGAUGUUUCAGGUGGAAGAGGAGAGUGUGCAGGCCCUGCAUCAGGUGACAGAGGCCAGAGAGGUGGAAGAGGUCAGAGAGGUGGAAGAGGCCAAAGAGGUGCGAGAGGAGGAGAUAAUGCUGGAAUUGGCAGCAGAGGAAGGAGAGGGAGAGGAGGUAGAGAUGCAGAGGAAGAGAACAGAGUGCAGGUGAUCCAAAAUGACCGAAGGGUACAGACAGAGGCACUCAUUCAGGGCAUGAGUGAAGUGAGGCUACGAGCACUAGCAACUCAGGUCUUCUCCCGGAACCCUGGAUUAGUUUUUGAUGCACUUCCUUCAUUGGACAGCACAACCCCACCUAACGCUGCUCUUCCAUGGUGCACCUGUGGGAACUGCAGGGAAAUGGCCACAGAUGCUGAAAGGAAAUGCUGUGGCCAGGGGCCUGAAAACUGCAUCAGCAAAUUGGCACAUUUUGAUCUGUAUUGUCUGGAAGAUGGUUAUUUGCGUAUCCACAGAGAUUACAGAAAUGAUGUGUUGGUGGUAGCUGAAGUUAGAGAGCCAGGAGAUGAUAACAGACAAUUUAGGUAUGCUGCUUAUCGUCAAUACAUCUUUUGGCAGCAUGGGUCACUGGGUCAGGGUAACCGUCGUGUUAUUCCCAGCUGCUGUAUAUGGAGAAUAAGGGACAAAUACCCCGACCCCCAGGGCCAGUACACUGGCUUUGUAUGCACCAUUUGAUACCACUCUACCGUGAACUGUUUACUUCCAGUUAUUUAUUGUUGU